AAGUGAUAAGCAAUACUGGUUUUCUUCCACUUCAAAGUUUUUUGGGGCAUCAACCCCAUUCCAUUAGGAUCACACAGAAAACGAUAUUUCUUUAUUCAUUAGGUUAUAAUAAUAUUGCAGUCUAAUUGAAUAUAAAAAUAAAAAAGACGCACUGGUUGCUACCAAAUUUGACAUUUAUAUUUGCUGCGUCUCCGUUCUGGAGGCGCGAUCAUCAGUCACUUCGUGCAACCGGAGGAGCGGAAAAAAGGGUGUUCGAGGCUGGAUGAAGGGACGAGAAUGGAAAAGAAGGAGUGGAGUAAUCAGAUCAAAAAUGCGGAAUGUCUGUGUGUCUCGGGAAGGAGAAAUGGUCGGAAGGAACGGAAAGGCAUGGAGCGCGCCCGCUGACUAGGGGGGAGCGAGAGAGAGGGAGAUUGGAAGAGAGAGAGAAAGAAAGAAAGAGAGAGCGCGCCCGCGAGAAAGAGAGAGAGAUGGAGGCGGGGGGAAAAAAAGUCUCGCGGCUCUGCGGGGACUGGAGGAGCCUCCUCGUGCCCUGGACCGGCGGCGCGCGGCUGGCCAACGUUCAACCCUCCCCUCGUUCCACACAAGCAGUCUCCAACCACGCGCGCGCUGCGACAGGUCGAACUCGCCGCCGCUGCCGCCUGUUUCUUCUCCUCAACAACAAGCAAAGCGCUGGGUUAUAAAACAACAACAAAAUAAUUCACAACACAGAGUCACUUAAGGUAAAACUACAGCAGUUUAUUUGUUUUUUUUUUCACGUGUAUAUCAGACUAAACAUUUGGUUUUUUGUUUAAAAAGAUUUUGCAUUGGCGUUGUCUGGUGCAGGGGGUGGAUUAGAGUACAUUCCGAGGUCGCCUGAACCGAGUUUCCCGUGUCCGAGCGACGCUAAAGAGUACAAAAAACCCCACUACGGUGCUUUUUUACCUUUUUAUUUGUAUUACAAUUAAUAAAACGAUCUUCGAGAGAUAUCCGCGCACACGCUUGAACUCGUUUCUCGGAGCCGAGUGAGAACUCCAUGAGGCAGGUCUGUAUGCGCGCAGAACCGGCCGCCUCCGGUUAGCCAUCAGGGAGCUUCGGUUAAAUACCUCACCGCACGGGCUCGUCCUUUCUCGCUCACUCGCUCGCACGCUCUGUCGCGAUCGUUUGCGUGCUUCCCCUCCGGUUCCAUCGACUGCCACUUUGGUGCUCCACGAGUAAAAAAAAAAAAAUAUUGGGUGAGUAAAAUCCUAAAGCCACGGCUUGUCGUUGUUCUUAAAAAAUCGUUUCACCGCCAGCGCGGGUGAUUGAGUACACCGUGAGGGGGGAAGAAGCAUGGCGGCUCUAGAACAGUCGUCACGCCAAGGCGAGCUGCUCUCUCUCGCGGCUGUCCGUGUCGGUUUUUUUCCGCUUAAAAUAUGCGCAUUUGGGUGUUUAAAGUAAACAUUUCUCACUGUAUCUUUAUUUCGGACACCGCUCUCGAUCAGACCCGGUGCUCGGAUCUCGGUAAAAUUUCAGUAUUUUUUCUCCUUUCUUCUCGUCCUCCAAGCCAUUAAAAGGACCAGCUCCCCUCCCAACCGCCGCCAUACGGCGACCAACACCUCGCGUUCACCCCCGCUAGUCUCGACGUCGAGAAGUGAUCUUUGAGAAUGAAUGGAAGCAUGGAUUCUACCAGUAAAGAGCCAGUUGUAGUUUGGGCCCAGGAUGACAUGCUUAAGCUCCUGGAAGCUAUGAAAGUGAAUCUUCCAGAGAAAGACCUGACCAAGUAUAAGACAACUGAAGCUCAUCUAGACUGGGGGAAAGUUGCUUUUAACACCUACUCAGCUGAGAUGUGCAGAAAGAAAUGGCUUGAGGUCUCAAGAGAGAUCCGUAAAUUCCGAACACUAACUGAGUUAAUUGUGGACGCUCAGGAUUACAUCAAGAAUCCCUACAAAGGCAAAAAACUGAAGAAACACCCAGACUUCCCUAAGAAGCCACUGACUCCAUACUUCCGCUUCUUCAUGGAAAAGAGAGCAAAGUAUGCUAAACUUCACCCAGAGAUGAGCAACCUGGACCUUACAAAGAUCCUUUCCAAAAAGUACAGAGAGCUGCCUGAACGUAAAAAGGAGAAAUAUGUGAACGAUUUCCUUAAAGAAAAGGAAUCGUUUGAGCUAAACAUGUCAAAGUUCAAAGAGGCGCAUCCAGACCUGCUGGAAAAUACUAGCAAGAAAGCAUCCAAUGUACCAGAAAAACCUAUGACUCCUCAGCAGCUGUGGUACAACCAUGAGAAAAAAGCUUACCUCAAAAUUCACCCUGAGGCCACCAGCAAAGAUAUUAAAGACAGUCUGGGGAAAAACUGGACACAGCUUCCAGAUAAAAAGAGACUGAAGUGGAUCCACAAAUCUUUGGAGCAGCAUAAGCUGUAUGAGGAGACGAUGAGACUUUUCAUUCAACAGCACCCACAACUAAACCUAACCCAAGAUGAUAUUGUCAAGACUACUUUGACCAAAGCAGAAAGACAGCUGAAGGACAAGUUUGAUGGGCGACCAGGCAAACCUCCAUCGAACGGCUAUUCCAUGUUCUGUGCUGAGCUUAUGUCUGGCAUGAAAGAUGUUCCAAGCACUGAGCGCAUGGUCAUGUGCAGCCAGCGCUGGAAACUCCUGAAGCAAAACGAGAAAGAUGCCUAUCAAAAACGCUGUGAGCAGAAAAAGAAAGAAUAUGAAGUUGAGAUGAACAGAUACCUGUGUAGCAUUUCAGAGGAAGAGCAGCAGAGAAUUUUGGCUGAGCAAAAGAUGGUGGGAUUUAAAAAGUUAACUGGUGGUGCCAGCCCUGGUUCCAAGAAGGGUUCUAAAGCAAAGAGUGGUCCCGUCAAGCCUAAGCGACCGAUCUCUGCCAUGUUUAUUUUUGCUGAAGAAAAGAGGCAGAAGCUUCACCAGGAGAGGCCUGAAUUGUCUGACAGUGAACUCACCAGACUUCUGGCCCGUAUGUGGACAGACCUCUCCGACAAGAAGAAGGAAAAAUAUAAGAAUUUGGAAGCAGUGCUGAAGGCAGAAUCAGAGAAACGAGGAAAAGAGGAGCAAAGCAAGCUGCCGGACCCACCCAAGACUGCGCAGGAAAUUUGGCAGCACAGUGUCAUUGGGGAUUACUUGGCCCGGUUUAAGAAUGAUCGGCCUAAGGCACAAAAACUCAUGGAGUCCACAUGGAACACCAUGGAGAAGAAGGAGAAAAUCAUGUGGAUCAAAAAGGCUGCAGAGGACCAGAAGAGAUAUGAGAGAGAGGUGAGUGAGAUGCGCUCUCCUGCUGUGGUGAUCGCCUCAGUGAAGAAGAUGAAAUUUGAAGGGGAGCCAAAAAAGCCGCCAUCAAAUGGCUAUCAGAAAUUUUCUCAGGAAAUGCUGUCUAGUGGGGAGCUGAACCACCUGCCCAUGAAAGAGCGCAUGACUGAAAUUGGUAGUCGCUGGCAAAGCCUUCCUCAAAAGGAGAAGGACCGCUACAAGAAAAUUGCAGAGGAAAAACAGAAGCAAUAUAAAUUGCAGCUUGAACAGUGGCUUGCGAGCUUAUCAUCUCAAGAAAAAGCUGCAUAUAAAGAAUUCAUUUCUUUGAAAAGGAGAGGCACAAGUAAACCAGGUGGUACCAGUGCUAAGCAAAAGGCCAAAGCCAAGACCUCAGAUGAAGAAGAAGAUGAUGAAGAGGAGGAGGAGAAGGAGUCCGAGGAGGGAUCAUCUAGUGCAGAGGAGAGCGAAGAUGGGGAUGACGAUGAAGAUGAUGAUAAUGAGGAUGAGGAUGAAGAGGACGAAGAGGCAGAGGAUAAGGAGAAUAAAUCCGAGAGCAGCAGCAGUGGGUCCAGCUCGGAGGAUUCCUCCGAAUCUGACUCUGAGUGAGAUGGGUGCUGGAGCAGAGUGAGCCCACAGACUGCCACAGACCCUGUGAACUGAGCCAUGAGGCAGAGCCUUGGGCCUGCAGUGCACUUCUCCAGCAACCAGGGGGAGAAGUGCUUUCCACUGCACCACCACCUUCAUUCUCGCACACCCUUCCUUCGCUAUCUUCUUUUAACCCCUUUAAUCCUGCUUGGCUGAGCUUGCCUGAGUUUAUUGAGGACUGAGAAGAUCCUAAAUUCCCCAUGGGGUAACCCACAUCUGUAUCUUUAGAAGAGGUUAAAGGAUCCCAUGAGUGAUUUAAUGUUUUAAGACCUCUGGGGAUUUAAAACAUUUAGCACCGUUUUGAAGGAUUGUUCGAAUGAAUGGUUUAGGUUCUUUUCCAGUCUUUUUUGGGGAAUGAAUGACCCAUGAGCCAAAGAAUCUUGGUAGCUCGGUGGGUUUCUUUGAGGAGGUGAAGCGAACCAAAUGGUUCUCGUCCCCUCCUCUUACAUCAUAAUUUACAUCAGUUUUCUUUGCUUUUCACCUCAUUCUGUUCUAGUAGUGUAAUUUUUGCCCUUCGGUUCAUGGUGUGGUAACUUCAGGAACAUUUAAGGUUUUUGUUUGUUUGUUUUUCGAUGUCAGUUCAUGUGGAUUAUGUGUAAAUAAGCCUCCAUCUCCUGUGCUUGUUAGGUGUUGGAGCUUAGAGCCACUCCAUUCACGUUUUUCUUUUUUCCCUCCUUUGUAUAAAUUGCAUAUUCCUCAGUUUGUUUGGGAUUUUAACAAUUCUCAAAUGAUUGCUUUAAACACAGACGUUUUUUUUUUUUUUUUUUGAGUCUUUAUAAUAAAAAUAGCAAAAACAAAAGUUAUAUUUUGCCCAGAUGUGGUACAGUUUUGAGAGGAAUCUUCUCCCCAAAGCCUUGUGUUUAACAGAAUUAGGAUUAUAAUUGCUAUUGGUUGUUCAGUUUAAUAUCUUUUAUUUAAUGUUGCUUUGCAGAACAUUUCCUUUUAAAUAGUUUUUUUGUUUGUUUUUUAAACGUCUAGCACAUAUGCAUUUUUCCUUGCACUUAUCCCGAACAGCCUCCUCAGAAGACUGUCCUCUCAGUUCCUGUUGUCUCGUUCCCUUUAACCCCUUUGUAUUUUUAUAGUCACUGAUGCAUUCUGAUACGCACCAGCUCAAGGAAUGUAAACAAAUGUUUUAUUUAACAGACGAGAGAUCCUUCAUGUUCUGUGUAUAUAUGAACAGUUUGGGGUAGCUGUUACUUUCCUCUCUCAUCUGUUCCCUGUGUGUUGGGUAAAAAAAAAAUCUUUGCAUAAACAUUUUAAGAGUUUGCUAGUUUUUGAGCUACGUGUGCACACCACUCAGAUCACUGGUGUUCCCUCACUGUGUUUUAUGCCCCAACACAGUGUUCAAAGACCCAGAAAUGUUCCGUCGGUUCCUUUUUUUUGAAUGAGCAAAGACAUGAUGUAUUGUGUGUCAUAUCUAUCUCGCUGAAUGAACUGCUUAUUUAUAAGAUACUAGAAUAUACUAGAAGUGUUGAUCAGUGCAGAUGGAUCUGGUUCACUGCUGUUGUAAGGUAAUUGUAAAUAUAUCUUUUUUUUUUUUUUUCUUUUUUAUUUGUAUUGAGUGAACAUGGUUUAAUUUGUAUUUUUCAUUUGGCCAAGCUUCCUUAAGAGGUGUUUGCUGCAGCCACUGGUCUGGAUUAGUUUGUCAUUUGCUCUGAGGAGGGAAAUUUUUAAAUUUGUUUUAGUUUUUAUACCCCUCACCUAUUUGUUUAUUUGUAGAAAUGGCAAAAAAAAAGUUUGUACUGCUAAUUUGGAACAUUUGGAUGUUUUCUAUAGUCAGAGGUGUUAUAUUCCUGGAAAUAUACCAUUUGAACAAAUAAACCUGUCUUUAGCAA